GGAGCGCGUUUCGGGCUCCGGCGAACCCGCCGAGGGACGCGGCUGCGGUGGUGGCGACGGCUGGGACCACGGAACUCGAGUAAGCGACCAGGGGGUGUCUUAACGCGGCGAGGGGCAGCGCCCCGAACGGUUGUGCAGCAUGUCAGUCAGUGUCCACGAGACUCGCAAGUCACGGAGCAGCUCGGGCUCCAUGAACAUCACCCUAUUCCACAAGGCCUCCCACCCCGACUGCGUGCUGGCCCACCUCAACACGCUGCGCAAGCACCGCAUGUUCACCGACGUCACCCUCUUUGCGGGCGAUCGCGCCUUCCCCUGCCACCGUGCUGUGCUGGCCGCCUCCAGCCGCUACUUUGAGGCCAUGUUCAGCCACGGCCUGCGGGAAAGCCGGGAUGACACAGUUAACUUCCACGACAACCUGCACCCUGAGGUGUUGGAGCUACUGCUGGACUUUGCUUACUCCUCCCGCAUCGCCAUCAAUGAGGAGAACGCAGAGUCUCUGCUGGAGGCGGGUGACAUGCUGCAGUUCCAUGACGUGCGGGACGCGGCCGCUGAGUUCCUGGAGAAGAACCUCUUUCCCUCCAACUGCCUGGGAAUGAUGCUGCUGUCAGAUGCCCACCAGUGCCGCCGGCUCUACGAACUCUCCUGGCGUAUGUGCCUUGUGCACUUUGAGACCGUGCGACAGAGUGAGGACUUCAACAGCCUGUCCAAGGACACGCUGCUGGACCUCAUCUCCAGUGACGAGCUGGAGACUGAGGAUGAGCGGGUGGUCUUCGAGGCCAUUCUCCAGUGGGUGAAGCAUGACCUGGAGCAGCGCAAGGCCCACCUGCCUGAGCUCCUGCGCAGUGUGCGGCUGGCUCUGCUGCCCUCCGACUGCCUGAAGGAGGCCAUCUCUGGUGAGGCCCUCCUCAUGGCGGACGAGCGUACCAAGCUUAUCAUAGACGAGGCACUCCGCUGCAAGGCCAGGAUCCUGCAGAACGACGGGGUGGUCACCAGUCCCUGUGCCCGGCCGCGCAAGGCAGGCCACACACUGCUCAUCCUGGGUGGCCAGACCUUCAUGUGUGACAAGAUCUACCAGGUGGACCACAAGGCCAAGGAGAUCAUCCCCAAGGCAGACCUGCCCAGUCCCCGGAAGGAGUUCAGUGCCUCGGCAAUAGGAUGCAAGGUCUAUGUGACUGGAGGGCGGGGCUCCGAGAAUGGCGUCUCCAAGGACGUUUGGGUAUAUGACACUGUCCAUGAGGAGUGGUCCAAGGCGGCGCCCAUGCUGAUAGCCCGCUUUGGCCAUGGCUCAGCUGAGCUGGAGAACUGUCUUUAUGUAGUAGGCGGGCACACAUCCCUGGCAGGUGUCUUCCCAGCCUCCCCAUCUGUCUCCCUGAAGCAAGUGGAGAAAUACGACCCUGGGGCCAACAAGUGGACGAUGGUGGCCCCAUUGAGGGAUGGUGUUAGCAAUGCGGCCGUGGUGAGUGCCAAGCUGAAGCUCUUUGUUUUCGGAGGGACCAGUAUCCACCGGGACAUGGUGUCCAAAGUCCAGUGCUAUGACCCCUCUGAGAACCGGUGGACCAUCAAGGCUGAGUGCCCUCAGCCCUGGCGGUACACAGCUGCCGCUGUCCUGGGCAGCCAGAUCUUCAUCAUGGGAGGUGACACAGAAUUCACAGCUGCCUCUGCCUACCGCUUUGACUCUGAGACCAACCAGUGGACCCGGAUUGGGGACAUGACCGCCAAGCGCAUGUCCUGCCAUGCCCUGGCUUCAGGCAACAAGCUGUAUGUGGUGGGUGGCUACUUUGGGACCCAGAGGUGUAAGACCCUGGACUGCUAUGACCCAACUUCGGACACAUGGAACUGCAUCACCACCGUGCCCUACUCGCUCAUCCCCACAGCCUUUGUCAGCACCUGGAAGCACCUGCCUGCAUGAGGAGAACCUGCAGAGAGUCACCAGACUCUGCCUGUUUCUCCCCCCCGCUGGCUGUGGCCUUCACUGUUCCAGAGUGGCCUUGACCCUGCCUGCCACAGUGAGAAACUCAGCCACCCUGGGCCAGCUCUCCCAAUGGCCAGAAACCGAUGGCACCAGCGCUGGGCAGCAGCAGCCUCCGGGGCUCUUCUGAGCUUCAGGCAAGAAGAACAGAGGGUCUCCAGUGUCCUGUGUGCCCCAGGCCCUCGUAAGCUGCGAGUGGCUUGUGUGGGGAGAGCAGCUUCUAAAGGGGUCCAGGCCUCAGAGGACAACUCUGUCAUCAAGUUAUAGACCAGAGCUGGCCAGGGCAGCAGCUCUAUGGCUUGUGGUCCUUCUGCACUGGUGCAGCCUCUGAUUCCAGGGCUGCCCUAUGGGAGAUUGUGACGUUGUUCCCCACACGAUGUUCUAAGUCUCAGGGAAACACAGUUCACUCAACUGAGAGCAAAUGGUCACCAAGGAUACAUAUAAGUACUUAUACUUAUCCCUGAGGAUACAUUUUAUCAGGGGAAGAACCUCCAUAGGGUGACCUCAGUGCCACCUACCAGGCUUCAUUGGCAAACACACCCAGGCCCCCAGACCAAGGGGAGACCUGCUGUAUCCCUUGCCCCCAUACCAGCCACUGAGACUGUGACCUCAGGUGUGGGCCAGAUUCUCCUUGUGCCCCAUCCAACAGUGUCCUGGCGUCACUCAGCAGGACUCUAGGCUCUGGGGAGCUAACAGGGCCACCCUGUCCCCUCCCCCUUCUCAGAGCCCACAGUAAGAGGCAACAAGGGCCCCUACUAACAGGGGAGCACUGGAGGCCCCUUCCCAGCAUUGGUAGUGUAGCUGGUAGUGAGCAGGUAGUGGCCUUGCCCUCCAAGAUUAGGAGCAGCUGUAAGCUGGGGACAGUAGAGGGACCCCAGGGCACCCACUGUAGACCCUGGAGCCAGAUUUGUCUCAGUGAAUGACAGGGUUCUAGCCAGUGACCACUGUCCUGGCAUUUUGGUCUUUACCUGGUAAUCAACACUGGAUCCUGCCUGCCUGUGUGUUCCCCAAGCUCAAAAAGAAGGAAUGGUCCAGGAAAAGUAAUUACCAUUUGUCACCUUGCAAGCUUGGGGGAUCCCUUAUCUGUGUCUCCAGAAUGCAGGUUGUACAAAAGUCAACAUCUGCUGGAGCCAUCCUGAGGUCAGGGACUCCAGGCUCAUCCCUGGCUCACCCACAGAGAGAGGGGCUCUUGGUGGGCAACUGGGCAAGGCAUCCAACCUGUGACUUCCCAGGCCCAGCUGGCCCAAGGUCAGGCUCCAGAGUGGGUUACGUUGUCAUAGGGAUUUGAAGUCACAGUACAGACUGGUUACUUCAAAGCCCUGAAUGCCCUGAUGCCCCUGCCUGGCAUUGGUCCUGUGGGCAUCUCUUGGUGGGGGGGUUUAAGGGCUGAGUUUGAUCCCAGUGUGUCCCCGGGAAAGAAAGCUGAAAGCUCAGUUUCUUCCUGGCAUUCCUCCCACCCCACCUUGGGAUGCUCGCUGCCCUGCUGGACUCUUCGGAGGCUUCUGGAGAGGCUGCUGGGGGAGCUUAGUUGAGAUUAAGCACACUUGUCACAGCACAAAGGACCUGCCGUGGUGCUUUCUCUGAAAGCUGUGUUGCUUUUAUGAAUUUCCAACUUAAUAAAAAGUUGAGAAAAUUCUUGGCCUUCCUUGGGUGCUGGGACUGGCAUUGGCAGACGUGGGUUCCUGCACCCCUGUCAGGCAUCUGCCGUUUGGUGUGCAGUGGGGAGCCCCUGGAAGAGAGGGCCUCCCCUUCCUGCUUAUGGGUUAUAGCCUUUACAAUUACUUAUGUUCCUCUUCCUGGAGUUCCAAGUUGAAAAUCACUUCCAUCCAUUUUAGUGAGCAAGAGGUUUCACAGAGCGGGCCCCAGAUAGCACUAUGGAAUGAAAGCGACACCAGCACUGUUCAGGUGGCCACAGGUACCUUAGUAGGUGGCUGACGGGUCACAACACCAUCUUGGAGCACUCCGCCCUUGUAAGUUACAUCAGAACCCCUGCUGAUGGUUCUCCUUCAGCCAUUGUGAGCUGAAGACAAGAGUACAUCAUGGAUGAAACUGCUGAGCUGUGUUGAAUGGCCUAAUCUUGAGGCUUCCCCUCAGAUGACAGGGGCCUGGGUAUUAGUGCCGUGCUGUGUGCUGGGAAUCCAGGAGGCCUUGAGCCUUUGUGAUGACCACUUCGUGGCUGUCAUCUUCUGUGGUGCCAGCAGUGUGCAGGCACAAAGUCCAAAUGGGGCUCCAAGUGCAGAAGUGCAUCAGAUGUGAAGUGAUGUCCAUCACCACUCUCAUAAACAGCAGUGUCACCCUUGUGUGAAUGAAUGGAUCUCAAGUACGGUACUGGUGUGGUGUGAGAUCAGCCAAGAGCACAGACGCUGAGGCACACCCUGGGAGGGACAUCCUGGCCUGCCCCCACCCCCCACACUGUCCACUCUUAUACUGGGGGUGGGGAUGACAAUGGUGGACAGAGCUGCUUCCAUGCAGGCUCGAGCUGUGGCCUGCAGGCAGCAGAAGGCAGGGGUUAGCCCCAGCCCAGACAGUGAGGACAGGUAGCUUCCUUCCCUGCAUUCUCAGGGCGAGUGCAA